UCAAAAUCUACCUCCACACUGCUCGACACCUAUCCUUGGCAGCCUGGCAAGAUGCACGUCUACAAAUCCAUCUAUACCGCACCGGAGCUGCCGGAACAGAGCGUAUUUGACUAUCUCUUCGGACAUUCGCGAAAGCUGCCGAGGGAAAAGGUAGCACUUACGAACUAUGUCUCAAAGCAGUCCAUGACCUACGGUCAGCUCGUUGACGCCUGCCUCGAUCUGGCUUCCGGUCUGCGCAAAGUAGCAGGCCUGAAAGUAGGCGAUAUGAUACUUGCCUUUUCGCCAAACUCGAUCGAGUAUCCUGUCGUCCUGCUGGGCGGACAAGCUGCCGGUUUACCCGUGUCAACGGCCAAUUCGGCCUACACGCCAAGAGAACUCGCGCAUCAGAUCCGAGACUCGGGCGCGAAGCUCCUCCUUGUCGCUUCUGACCUCGUCCCUAUCGCGCAAGAAGCGCUCAAGUCAGUCGACGGAAAGAUUCCAAUCUACGUCUUGCCGGGCGUCGAUGGCAAGAUUGCCAAUAUCUCCGGCUGCAAGAGCUGGGAGGAGCUCAACAAACCCGGCUCUGGCAAAGGCUUUGAGCAUUUCACUCUGCCAAAGGAUAAGGUCAAGAAGACCAUGGCUUACUUGCCCUACUCGAGUGGCACGACCGGCCUAGCCAAGGGCGUCGAGCUAUCGCAUCAUACAAUCACGUCAAUGUGCUGUCAAGCGCCAGUUUGUCCUGGCAUGGCUCUCGAGCAAGACAUCAUCUCCGCCACGUUACCAUUCUAUCAUAUCUAUGGUCUGCAAGUCUUGCUCCACAACGUGCUCGACGUCCGCGGCUCCCUCAUCAUUCUGCCGCGAUUCGAUCUCGUGCAAUUCUGUCAAUCUAUUCAGGAGCACAAGAUCACCAUCGCUUACGUUGUGCCUCCUAUGGCACUCGCUCUUGCAAAGCAUCCCAUCAUCGACAAGUUCAAUCUGAAGACCUUGCGCAACAUUACUUCUGGCGCAGCGCCGCUUUCGCCGGAAUUGCACAAUGCGUUGCAAAAGCGUCUUGGCAAACAGACUGUUAUCACUCAAGGCUAUGGCUUGACAGAAAGCGACAGCACGUCUCACGUCAAUCCAGUUCACGAUUCUCGACCUGGCACAAUCGGACCUCUUUUUGUCGGUCUCGAAGCACGUCUGGUCGACGUCGAGACCGGCGAGGAUGCAAAAGAGGGAGAGCGGGGCGAGCUCUGGAUGCGAGGACCGACUAUCAUGAUGGGAUAUCACAAUAAUGACAAGGCCAACAAAGAAACCUUUGAGGGCGACUGGCUCAAGACGGGCGAUAUCGCCAUCGUGCGCGACAACUGGUGGCAGAUUGUCGAUCGCGCAAAAGAGCUCAUCAAGACGCAAGGCUAUCAAGUGCCUCCUGCUGAGCUUGAAGGUGUCUUACUCGACUGUCCACUCGUAGCAGACUCUGCCGUCAUCGGCGUGUGGUCCGAAGAGAACGCGACAGAGUAUCCUCGUGCCUACAUUGUCGUCGAUCCCAAGGCGGCAGAAGGCAAGGACGUCGAGAAGGAAGUCUAUGACUUUGUCGCAAGCAAGGUCGCUCACUACAAGCGACUGAAAGGCGGUGUCUGCGUCAUUGAUGUCAUCCCCAAGUCGGCAUCGGGCAAGAUCCUGCGCAAGGAUCUGCGAGAGCGAGCCAAAAAGGAAGGCCUCAAGGCCAAGAUGUGA